CUCUCUCUGCGUAUUCAGUAGCCGUGGGGUUUAUUUAGAGUGGAGCAAUGCUUGGAUGCUUGAGUGGCUGUGGACAUACAGCAGAAUAGAGUUGUGAUGAUUUUGUUUGUAAAGGUGGACGUGAUGGUGUGUGGAGAGUGACGGAGGUCAUGCAUCAUCUCAGGUGUUCAGAAGCAACGCUUUUACUCUUCACAUUUGCGCAUCUCAAUGCAGCCUUAAAGUGCGUGUGCCAGCUGUGUGUGAAUCACACCUGUGAGACGGAGGCCGACGGCGCAUGCUGGAACUCUGUGAUGUUAAUAAAUGGAAGGGAGGAAGCGGUGAAGUCCUGCGUGUCUGCGUCCGAGCUGAAGGGACAGGUGUUCUGCUACAGCUCCAAAAAUGUUUCAAAACGCAACUGCUGCUUCACGGACUUCUGCAACAAUGAGACGCUGCACCUCUAUACAGGGCGGUCAUCUGAGGGCUCUGGUUGGACUCAGCUGGAGUUGGCAGCAGUAAUUCUCGUGCCGUCGUGCCUACUGUGUGUGUGUGUGGUUCUGGGAGUGUGUGCGGUUCAGAACCUGCGCUGCACACACAUAAAAGCUCAGAAACAGGAUCCAGAAGAAGUGUUGGAUGACCAGACUCUAGUAUCAGCUGAAAAAUGCCUGAAAGAACUCAUCUAUGACAUGAGCACCUCUGGCUCAGGAUCAGGAUUGCCACUGUUGGUCCAGAGAACGAUUGCUCGGACUAUCGUGCUGCAGGAGAGCAUUGGAAAGGGGCGCUUCGGGGAGGUGUGGAAGGGUAAAUGGAGGGGGGAGGACGUCGCUGUGAAGAUCUUCUCCUCACGAGACGAACGCUCCUGGUUCCGUGAGGCGGAGAUUUAUCAGACCAUCAUGUUACGGCAUGAGAACAUUCUUGGGUUCAUCGCCGCAGAUAACAAAGAUAAUGGCUCGUGGACACAGCUGUGGUUGGUGUCAGAGUAUCAUGAGCACGGGUCGCUCUUCGAUUAUCUGAACAGAUACACAGUAUCAGUGGAAGGCAUGAUCGUUCUGGCAAUGUCCAUUGCCAGCGGGAUCGCACACCUGCACAUGGAGAUCAUAGGCACUCAAGGGAAACCCGCCAUCGCUCAUAGAGACAUCAAAUCAAAGAACAUCCUGGUGAAGAAGAAUGGAACAGCUGUGAUCGCUGAUCUUGGUCUGGCCGUCAAACAUGACUCCAACACCAACAUCAUUGACAUUCCCAUCAACCAUAGAGUGGGCACCAAGAGGUACAUGGCACCUGAGAUCUUGGAUGACUCUAUAAACAUGAGCAGCUUCGAGUCGUUUAAGCGGACUGAUAUCUACUCGCAGGGUCUGGUGUUCUGGGAACUCGCUCGCAGAUGUUCCUUCCGAGGGAUUCAUGAAGAUUUCCAGUUGCCUUAUUACGAUCAGGUGCCAUCAGACCCAUCGGUGGAGGACAUGAGGAAGGUGGUGUGUGAACAGAAACUGCGACCCAACAUUCCCAACCAGUGGCAGAGCUGUGAGGCUCUAAGGGUUAUAGGUAAGAUCAUGCGGGAGUGCUGGUACGCCAAUCCAGCUGCUCGCCUGACGGCACUGCGCAUCAAGAAGACCGUUUCUCAGGUGACCGUUGUCAAGGAUGUUAUAGAAUAACACAACGGCCUGAUGUCAGGUGACAGCGUUAAUGGGACAUUAUAUAUGAUCGAAAAGUCUGUGAUGCCAAAGAGUCAUGCAAUUCUGUCCUGUAAUGACACUGCAUUGACAGAAUGAAUGGAAGAAUAGUAAUGUGUUUAGUUUCUUAGCCUGUAGAUGGCGAUAGAUGUGUAAAGAUAUACUGCUACCUCAGCCCUUCCUGUAAGUGCCAAUUGCUUUGAGUUGCACAUUAUGCUUUGUGCCAUAAAUGUUUUGUUUGGUGUCAUUUAUAAAUGCAUAUUUGUGUGUAUGUACAUAUAACAUAUACUAUAUAGUGUUACUGUUCCAGUUCAAACAAUUGAAAAGAAAUCAGAUUCACUUUAGGAAUAACAUCAAUCAAAAAGAUGAAAUGGUGUUUGAAAGCAUAUGUUUUUUAUAAAUGGUCAAGGAUACAUCAAAUGUAUAUAGGAAGCCCAAGUGAGGACCAAAAAUGAAAAACAGAAUUUAUUUUUGUUGAAUUUCAAAAGAACACAGGCUGCUGUUUCUGACGUCAGAAAAUGUAAUGUGGUCUGCAAGGAAAUGGGUGUCUUUUAGCCCUGGCUUUCUGCAGGUUGUGGUUUCCUUACAGUUACUGGAGGAUAUUUUUCUACUGUUUUACAUGCUUUUGAUUGCACUGUGUAGCUGUAGAAACACGUAAGGAUGAUUUCCUGUAAACCUUGUUAUUUCUGAAUGUGAAGGAAAUAGUGUUUUGCUUAUGUGCUGAUGUCUGGGACAAACCCUGUCGUCUGUUUCACGGCUGCUAUAUGCAGAGAGAAAACAGUACAACUGAUCAUCCAAAGCCUUUUAACCAGACGCUGCAUCUAGAGGACUUCAGGAUGCCAAUGUGAAAUGUAUGACUGUGAAUAAUGUGGAUAUAUUGAAGCAUAUUAAUACUCAAGUUCAAAUUGUACUCUAUUGCACUAUACAAAAGCUCCAAGCUGCUGAAGUGAAUGGUAGUUAACACUCAACCAACGUGAAAUGCAUUUUGCAACUAUUUAAAUAGCCUCACAUAUGAUCUAUUGUAACUAUAUCAAUCUAUCUGAAUCCAAACAUAACAUCUUGUGUAAAUACAUGAGUUAAUUAACCAUGAGAGUAUGUUAUUUGUUGCAAUGUUACAAUGUUGAUAUGAAUUGUAAUGUUCCGGUACAUAUAGCGUUAGUUCUCCUUUCUGAACAGUGUAAUGUGGCAUAUGCUUGUAUGUGACAUCACUUCAACCGUCUGAUUUGCUUUAAAUUGCCUCUGUCGAUGUGACACUAACAAAGCCUGUUUGGAUGAGUCCAAUUCUGCCUAAUGUAAUGAGAAUAACUUAUUAUCUGAACCAAAAGAAGUAUGAUGCAUAUACCGAAUGUUCAGUUUUAGUCUUUAUUCUUGUUUCAGACAAUAAGAUUGUCUAUGGACAAUAGAGUGCAUGUCAUAAACAUGCAAAUUCAAUGACGAUUCAAACAUGUUCAUUCAGUCUGAACCAAAGAGACAGUGUUAUGAUUCUAGUUUUUUCUAGUCUUAGAUGAAGUCUCGUGGAGAUGUUUAAGGUCAGAAAAAAUUGCAACAGGCCCAAAUGAUAAAGAGAGAUGGCUAGUUUUGUGACAUGCUAAAGCUUUUUGUAAUGCAGCAUUGCCAAUUUCCUUUGUGAUGAACAGAAUAUUCCAGAUUAUGUAUUGCGUAUUAAACAACCUGGUAGAGUCAAGCUACUAUACGUACUUUUUCGCUAAAUCAUUUUUACGUGGCUCGUUGGACGCAUCGCAGUUUCAUGGUGAAAUGAACACUACAUACAUUACAACCACAAUUACUUGUAUUCACUUUCACACAAAUCACGAGUAAAACGACAGAUUAUCAGUUAAUAAACAUGUAUUUUUUGCACUGUUUUCCAAAAAUGUUUUGCAAAGAUUUUUUUAUGUUUUGUUUUGCAAGAGGAACGUUUAAAUUCAUCCCUGACAGCUUUGCUGUCAUUGCUGUCAAAAAUUAAAGGUGGCACUACUGUAAAUAAGGUCCAUUAACCUUAAAGGUGCACUCGGCCAUUUUUUUUCCUUAAUUAAAACGUUUCAUUUCUAAUGAAAUUAAUACAAUUUUUGAAACAUAUGUAUGAAAUGAUGACCACUCAUGUGAGAUGAAGUGUUCAGUAAUAUCAGUAACCCUCUAAAAGCUGUUUUAUUUUACAUGGGGCUGGGGCGCCCUCAUGGGGGCAGACAUGUUAGCUACACAUGACCAGAUGAAUACUACUCGCUUAAUCUCAGUAACUGCCCUGUAAUUGGACACAUUCAUUCAUAGAUGAAAUGAAUCCUGGCUUGCUGUGCAUUGUGAAUUUCUACAGUGGCGUCUUUAACUGAAAACUACGGUGUUUAAAUGGUGCAGCCUCCAGGCCACUAGGAGUCACUGUAAGCAAAUGUAAGUCACUUCAACAAACUUCAAAACAUUUCUGAGUGCACCUUUAAAAACCUCAUCUGUUUGGGAGAACGUUUAACUUGCUUUUAGAGCCACACAGUGGACAUUUCACCCUGGACCUCCUGUGUUAUGUUUAAUGAACCACGUAAUGCAAUUGUGUAAAAAUGUCAAGAUGUGUCUGUAUUCAGAUAUACCCAAAAGGAGCCUGAGCUGUUGCCGUAAAGGUGCCGUCUGGAUUUGAAGUAGACUUUCAAAUGAGGAGGGUGUACUGUAUAUAUUUCCAUUGACAUACAUGGCUUUUGUAUGAGUAGCAUUAUGCUUUUGUCUUUAUUUUAGAGUAUUUUAUUAAAAAUGUGAACCAUUCAACAAUAAACAA